AUAAAUUGUGAGAGAUGAGUUUUCUUGUCACCUUCAUCUGCUGGAGGCUCCCUAUUAAGAUUUUGAAAUCAGGGAUUAGCCUUUUCAAUUUGGGAGCAGGCGAGCAAAGAUCAGGUAGGCGGCGUCCACUGUAUACUUGUGGGGCCUCACUUUUAGCCAUUGCUCAAAAAACAUGCACUAAACUACAAGAUCUAGAUGGGCCUUUAGGAUCAACGGCGAAUAGGGCAGCCUCAUUCAUGAAUCAGUUCCUACCUUUUAUACACACCUUGUUGUGCCCGUUUCUCACAAUCCUAUCCUACUUAGACGACCAUAUCCUCCGUUUGGAAACCAAAGUUGAGACUAUAUUCCCACUUUCGGCAUGUUUGUUUGACAAAAUCGACACAUUGGUUUGCCGCUCAGAAGCCCUACCCGAACAAAUUGAUGGUGUUUUGGCAAAAAUUCUCACGAGGAAAAAGGAGAUAACGGUUGACGUCAACUCCAAACCGAACAUGAAGUCUUGCCCUUCCAAUGAAAUGGCUAAUUGUGAGGUCACUUGGAAAUCGGUCGACGGAAUAAAGAUAGUGGAAGACCGGUAUUUUGCAUCGGAUUCUCCAAUGUGCAGUUCUUAUCUUUCCGCAAAUUCGUCACCCGUGUCCGACUGCUCGGAAAGCGAGAUUACACAUUUGGGCCAAACGGGAAAGGCAGACCGUAGUAUGAGUUACAGUUAUAAGGAAAUGCUGGAGAGGGGACAGAAAGAAGUUCAUGAGAAAGGGGGACCAAAGGGUUGAGAUGGUUGGGAAGAACAACAAUGAAGGAACCAUGAAGACUAAGAGUUCCUAGUCUAACUGCCAUAUUAUAUUAGGUUGCUCGUUUUUUGGCGUGAGAAAAUGGGGAGAAUUUUU